AUGUCGCUGUUUACGUCACUUCCUUUUCUUCUCCUGACUGUGGUGACAGCAUCUUGUGCGGACACAGAAGCAGAGAACUGUGAGAAUAUCCAGAAGACCUGCCCUGUGAUUGCCUGUGGUCCUCCAGGCAUCAACGGCCUCCCAGGCAAAGAUGGGCGUGAUGGUGCCAAGGGAGAAAAGGGAGAACCAAGUCAAGGACUCAGAGGCUCGCAGGGUCCUCCUGGAAAGAUGGGGCCUCAAGGAACGCCAGGGAUCCCUGGGAUACCAGGACCAACAGGCCAAAAAGGAGACCCUGGAGAAAAAAUGGGUGACUAUAUUAGACUGGCUACUUCAGAAACAGCAACUCUAUGACCUGAAUUGAACCAGAUCAAAAACUGGCUAAUCUUCUCUCUGGGCAAAAGAGUUGGGAAGAAGAUAUUUUUUACCAAUGGUAAAAAGAUGCCUUUUAAUGAAGUGAAGACUCUGUGUGCACAGUUCCAGGGCCGUGUGGCCACCCCUAUGAAUGCUGAAGAAAACGGGGCCCUCAAGGAUUUCGUCACUGAAGAGGCUUUCCUGGGCAUCACAGAUCAGGAGACUGAAGGCCAAUUUAUGGAUCUGACAGGAAGGAGGGUAACCUACCAAAACUGGAAUGACGGCGAGCCUAACAAUGCUUCUCCUGGGGAGCACUGUGUGACACUCCUGUCGGACGGCACAUGGAAUGACAUCGCUUGUUCCGCCUCCUAUUUGACUGUCUGCGAAUUCUCUAUCUGA